CUCGACAAGGCGCCAUGUGAAAUAAAAAAGAAAUAGAAAUUCACACAGAAAUAAUUGGGCCACAUAAAAGUUCUAUUUUCGCAUUUUUAAAAAUUUUCAUAAUGCGUAAAGUGAUAUCUAAAUGGAUAAACGUCCGGCUACGCCAAACCGUGGACAUGUCGCCAGAAACCUUCGGACCCCAAGUCGCGAACGGACGUAUAAUUGCUCAACUUUUGCACAACUAUGAAAUAAUUAAAUCCAAGGAAUUGGAUUUGAUAACAGAAACCAGCCAGGUGAGCGAGUGCUUGAAAAACUUCAAGCUCAUCAACUCUUGGUUGAGUAGAAUAAACUUGGCCUUGCCCAAAGAGGAUAUUGACGCAAUAGUCCGUGGAUUUGAUACGGCUUGCUUACAUCUAUUUUACAAACUAUUUUUGAAAUUAAAAGACAAAGAAACACUAUAUUAUUUAACAAGGCCAGAUUUCAUUGCUCAAUUAGGCAGACCGCUGCGCGAAACUCGACACUCUAUAGAAAUAGAGCCUAUUCAUUUUGACACAAGUGAAAUAAACUUUCUCACAGUAGGAUUGUGCAACUAUUUUUCGGAUGAAGACAAUAGUAAAGAACAUUGGCAAUCAUAUUCUUCUAAAAUAAUUGAUGAAGGAUCAAAUCAAAGUGGCAUAUUUACUUCUAGCCUCAAGUCAUCAAAAUCUGUAACUGAUGCAAAUGAUAUAUUGCAAGUACAUGUUGAUAGUAAAACAGAAGAUUCAAAAGAAAGCAUGGCAAAUCAAAAAACAAUGUCAAUUUCCAGCUCAAGUGCAUCAAAAAGUAUUACUGAAGUAAAUUAUGAGGAUGAUACAGAUUUAGAUCAUAGGACUUAUCAAGAAUUAAUUGAUUUGCAAGAAGAGGCUAGAAAUAUGCCAAAAUUUGUUCCAGAUCUUGAAGAAGCUGAGCGAAUGUUGAAAAAAAUUUGUGAAACAAAUAAGAUUCGACGAAAAAGUAAAAUGAAAUCAUAUUUGGACAUCUUGAGAGGAAAUAAUGAUAAAAACAAAGUAACUUGUGAAGGUAAAGGGGAUAAUAGUAAAACUAAAUUAACACACAAAAGGAAAAGCACAAUAAAAUCUAAUAUGGAUAAAGAAGAUAAUAGAAAAAGCCAGCUGAGAGGAAAGAGCAAAGUAGAAUCUGAGGACAAAGAAGACGGUCUGAUUACUAAUAAAAGUACAAUGAAAUCUAAAUCUGAGGAAAAAGAAAGUAGCAAAACAAAAUUGGAUAUUUAUAAAACAAAUGGUGAAGAGGAUAUUAAUGAAACUCAAGUCGAAUCUAAGGAUCAAAUUAUGAUAAACAUUUUAACGAAACAAUCUUUGUACCAGAAACAGUUAGUUGCUGAAUAUGGGCAAGCAAAAAUGGAAAGUGAAUAUCUCAAGGAAAAGAUUAGACAAAGUGAAAGACGGAAAUUUAGGAAAAUACUCAAUCAGGUAAAGGAACCUUCGAAUGAGGAAAUUUGAAAAAAGAUCCCAAC